GAAAAUAAGGAAAUAGAAAUUGCUGAAUUACUAUUAAAUCAUGGAGCUAACAUUAAUGCUAGUGAUAAGUCAGGUAUUUCACCACUGUGUCUUGCUGUUCAAAAAGGACAUGUAAAUGGAGUUAAGAUGUUUCUUGACAGAGGUGCUAACGUUAAUGCUGAAAUUCCGUGGUCUGGCAGAAUUUCGCUUCACUAUGCGAUUGAAUAUGAGAAAAUGAAAAUUGCUGAAUUACUUUUAAAUCAUGGAGCUAACCUUAAUAAAAAGUCAGAUGUUACACCACUACAUCUUGCUGUUAAAAAAGGACAUGAACAAUUUGUUAAAAUGCUUCUUGAAAGAGGUGCUAACGUUAAUGCUAAAUCUUGGGAUGGCACAACUAUGCUUCACGAUGCGAUGGAAAAUAAGGAAAUACAAAUUACUGAAUUACUUUUAAAUCAUGGAGCUAACGUUAACGCCCGUAACAAUAACGGUGUUACACCACUUUAUUUUGCUAUUCAAAGAGGACAUGUAGGUGGUGUUACAAUGCUGUUAGACAGAGGUGCUAACGUUAAUCAUCAAAAUCAGUGGUCUAGUACAACUCUGCUUCAUGAUGCGAUGGAAAAUAAGGAAAUAGAAAUUGCUGAAUUACUAUUAAAUCAUGGAGCUAACAUUAAUGCUAGUGAUAAGUCAGGUGUUACACCACUGUGUCUCGCUGUUCGAAAAAGACAUGUAAGUGGUGUUCAGAUGCUUUUGGACAAAGGUGCUAACGUUAAUGCUGAAACUCGGAAUGGCACAACUCCGCUUAACUAUGCGAUUGAAAAUAAGGAAGUAGACAUUGCUGAAUUACUAUUAAAUUAUGGAGCUAACGUCAAUGCCAGUGAUACAUACGGUGUUACUCCAAUGUGUCUCGCUGUUCAAAAAGGACAUGUACGUGGUGUUAAGAUGCUGUUGGACAGAGGUGCUAACGUUAAUCUUGAAAUUUUGGAUGGCAUAUCUCCGCUACACUAUGCGAUUAAACAUGAGAAAAUGGAAAUUUUUGAAUUACUAUUAAAUCAUGGAGCUAACGUUAAUGCCCUUAGUGAUACAUACGGUGUUACAGCACUGUGUCUCGCUGUUCGAAAAAGACAUGUAAGUGGUGUUAAGAUGCUGUUGGACAGAGGUGCUAACGUUAAUCCUGAAAUUCUGGAUGGCACAACUCCGCUUCACGAUGCGAUUGGAAAUACAGAAAUUGCUCAAUUACUUUUAAAUCAUGGUGCUAACGUUAAUGCCAGUGAUAAGUCAGGUAUAACUUUAAAUUGCAGCUGAGAAAAGAUAUUUACAGAUUGAUGAACAUCUUUUAGAACAUGGAGUUUACUUGGAGAGUUAA